CGCUGCACGGGCCAGGGAUGGUCACGGAGGUAAAUCCGGUGAGGUCCUGACUGGACCGGGCCGCACCUGGUUUCCAGUUGUCCGGUAGUCGGGCGGGGGGCAACACGCAACGGACCAUCCAGCUCCAGUUGAGUCAUAGUUGCACGACAGUUGAGUGACGGUCGUGGAGCGGUUGAGUGGACAGUCGCGCGGAGCCCGCCGAGACUGCAACUUCGGGAGGGUGAGGAGAGUGACAAGGGACGGUGAUCUGAUCCACCAGUGACGUCUGGUGUGAGGUCCGACCACUCUAACCCUCGGACUGCGAGUGGUGUCACCAUGUCGGUGAGGCUGCUGGCGCCGGUGCUGGUCGUGCUGCUGGCCGCCGCCGUCCAGCCCGCGCCGCAGAAGGCCGAGCAACCGUCACCGUCUCCUCCGACUCCGCUGGGGCCGGAUGAGCUGGUGCAGGCGCUGAAGGCGCAGCUGGCCGAACAGGAGUCUGAGAGGGCCAGACUGUGCAGGAAGGUGGUGCUGGCCGACUGGAGGGAUGUCACCAACACCACCAAACGGUCCAGCAUCAAACUGAGGAGUGCCAUCCGCGUCAAACAAAAGUUUGACUGGAAGAGCUGGCGUGACCUGGAUGAUGUUCUGGAGCUGAGCCAGGAGGCCAAGUUCCGCAACUGGCGCAACAUCAGGGACAAGGAUGUGCGUCGCCAGCUACAGCUUAUCUCCAGAGUCGGUGCCGGCAAACUCGGAAAGCGAGGACGAAAAGAUUAUCAAUUUCUUAUCCGGGACUUGAAAAGGGAAUACAACCGUGCGAAAGUAUGCGACAAAGGGAAGAAGAACUGUGACCUUCGUCUUGAUCCAGACCUGAAUAGAAUUAUGGCUACCAGCCGAGACGCUGAGGAAAUGGAGCACUUCUGGGACAAGUUCAGGGAUACCACUGGGAAGGACAUGCGAUCGGACUAUAUCCAGCUCGUCAACUGGACAAACAUCGUCGCCAAGAAAAAUGGAUUCUCCAACGGCGGGGACAUGUGGCUGGCCGAGUACGAGUCACAGGACUUCCGUGGCGAGGUGUCCCGCCUGUGGGACCAGCUGACGCCGCUGUACGAGCAGCUGCACGCCUUCGUGAGGGGUCGCCUGCGCUCGCUGUACGGACGCAGCACGGUCGGCCGCCAGUCGCCCAUUCCUGCUCACCUGCUCGGAACAAUGUGGUCAGACAACUGGGUUAACUUGCUGAACGUCACCAAACCUUUCCCCGAGAAACACCACGGAGACGUCAGCGCCAUACUUCAGUCUCAGGGCUACACCGUGGAGCUGCUGUACCGGGCGGCCAACGCCUUCAUCAUCACAUUGGGACUGCAGUCGGUGCCGGACUCGUUCUGGGAGAACUCAGUCCUGGAGGCACCGGAGGAUCCCGACCAGGAGAUGAUGUGCCGACCGCGCGCCUGGGACUUCUGUAAAAAUAACGAUGUCAGGGUGACUGCGUGCGGAAAGGUGACCCUGGACGACCUGCUGACGGCUCACCGGAAGGUGGGCGAGGCUGAGUACGCCCUCCUGUACAGCAAUCAGCCCCACAUCUACCGGGGACCCGCAGCAACCGGUUUUGGGGACGCCGUGGGCAACACUCUGGCCUUGUCUGUCGUCACGCCAAAGCAUCUGGAGUCGUUCGGCCUUAUCCGAGAUGAGAAUGACCCGGAGGUCGACCUGAACAUGCUGAUGAAGCUCGCCCUGGAGAAGCUGCCCGCCCUGCCGUACAGCUAUGUGGCCGAUAGCUGGCGCUGGGGCCUCUUCUCUGGCGAUAUAAAAGAUGACGAUCUGAACUGCGCGUGGUGGAAGCUCCGUGGCCGCGUGCAAGGUGUCGCCCCGGCCCGCACCCGUUCGGAGCGGGAUAUGGACGCUGGCGCCACCUACGAUAUCGCCCGCCACCAGCCGAUGAUCGGCCGGUUUGUGUCGACGGUCCUUCAGUUCCAGCUUCACGAGACCCUGUGCAGGACGGCUGGCCAAUACGACCCGAAUGACCCCAUGAAGCCCAUGUACCGGUGCGACAUCUACAACGACCAGAAGGCUGGAGCUCUGCUAGCGCGGAUGAUGCAGCUGGGUCGCUCCAAGCCGUGGCGCGAGGCCCUGGAGGCGGCCACCGGUCAGCGCGAGCUGAGUGCCACCGCACUGCGCGACUAUUUCCAGCCUCUGGAGGACUGGCUGCGCAGGGAAAACCAGGAGAAACGCUACCCGAUCGGCUGGAAAGCCGACGCCAACGAUGACAAAUGUCGGAAACCAACGCCGAAAGCGCCAAAGAGCAAGUCUUCCAAGGGUCGUGCCAUCACCAAGGAUGAGCGCGAGCGGUAUGACACCCGCACCGCCAACUCGGCGGUCCAGCCGACACCGGGAACGGCGAUGGUCGCACUCAUCGCCCUGUUCUCUGCCCUGCUGGCCGGACUCUGAAGGAAUGAUGUCAAAGGAAACGGGUGUGAUUUUGGAAGGAGCCGAUGGCGCAUGUGGUAGAAACUGGUGUUGUUGUGAAUUAACUGGUGGAACACCGAAGGAACUGGUGUGAGAAGGAUUUGAUUUUGUUUUGGAUGAACUAGUGGGCAUUGAAGGCACUAUGGAGCGCUCACGUGUAAAGUGUGUGGUGAACGAUGUUGAUCAUAAUGUACACCGAAACUAAGGAGAGAAUGUGGCGCUUGCAUAAGGUUGUAUGUAGGGCAUAAACUGCCGUACAUAAGUAGAUACAUUUUAGAUUAGAGUUGAACGUCACUUUACCCUUUUGAAGGGCAUUGUCAUGCAUUGUUUAAAAUUAUUUUACCGCUUUCAACCUGAGCCUGGACGUAUUCGUAGGGGGCACCAUUACGUAGAAUACUUAUAAUUCAAUCAAAGCGUUACGUAACUCGGUAAGUACCGAGCCACAACAUUCGGCUAAUAUUUUAUGUCAAGGCCUAUUGCUGUGUUGUGACGCAUGUCUGCCAGUGGUGAACAUACUGGACAUGGUGGGCGGUGGCCGCCGCUGUCAGUGCGUGAAACUCUGAGGCCGAUUGUUCGAUCGCUGCUGCACGGUGGUUGCGGAAAUGCAGAGCGAAAUAAGGCUGGGCGUGCACUCUGCACCCCUAGCGAGCAUAGAUUGCAGAUAAUGUUUGCAACGCAUAGCUGGCUCUGCUUUAGAAAUUCCUGAAAGCCACUGCACUGCAGCCAUGGUAAGACACAAAGGCGGGCGAAGGCGUUGUAAAUGAACUCGUGUACUUGCUACUUCUGAACGUAUUUAUUGCCAUGAAAAUCGAACUAGAUUUAAGAUCGUAAUUAAUCUGAGCAUAUUAAUGGUUUAAGUUAAGUGAUUAUAAUAAACGUUUAUAUAGCA